UGCGAGCGGAGUGUUGUGCGGAACAGAGGCAAGAAGACGCAGGAAAGGAUCCACUCGGAGUGGAUUUGGGUGUCGCGCCUCUUCGUCCGCAGCCCGCACAGCUCACCUGGACGACAGGCCGCUCUGGCCGGACAUUGGCGGGACGACAGGCCGCUCUGACCGGACAUUGGCGGGAAAACAGGCCGUGGGAAAGGAGGCUGUCCAGGCUGCUAGCAGGGGACGAGCGGCUCCUCCCAGGACCAUGGAGACAGAGGAGGCGGUCGGUCCAGCUGCUCUCAAGUGGUGGAGCGUGCCCACUCAGACCGUCACCGUGGCGCGGCGCUACGGAAAGCAGCCGUCACCCCGCUGAGGCCAGACUGUGGGUCAUGUGGCUGGAGGGGCGGGGCCACUCGGUGAAAGUCAGCCAGUCCACCUCGGAGCACACGCGGACCUGAGCGGCGGCCACAUCGACCGAGAGCAUGCCUCGGAACCGAGCCUUCUCCGAGCCGGAGUGCUCGGCCGAGUACUCGGCGGACUGCUCGGUGACGCUGCCCUCCGACCCCGGGCAGGCGGUGGGGCGCACACACGAGGUGACGGUGCGCAGCUCGGGAUGCUGCCUCUGCCUGCCCCGCUUCAUGCGGCUCACCUUUGCGCCGGAGUCCCUGGAGAACCUGUACCAGACCUACUUCCGCCGCCAGAGACACGAGACCCUGCUGGUGCUGGUGGUGUUUGCCGCGCUCUUCGACAGCUUCGUCAUCGUCAUGUGCGCCGUGGUCUACACCAGCGACAAGCUGGCCUCCGUCCUGGUGGCGUCGCUGGGACUUCUGGCCGACGUGGUCCUCUACCUGCUGUGCCGCUUCGGGCUGCUGCCGGAGCGCAUCUCCAGGCGGGUGGUGCCCUACGCCCUGUGGGUGCUCAUCGCCGCCCAGAUCUUCUGCUACCUGGGUCUGAACUACGCCCGCUCCCACCAGGCCAGCGACACGGUGGGCUGGCAGGCCUUCUUCAGCUUCUCCUUUUUCCUCACGCUGCCGCUGAGGCUGACGCCCAUCGUGCUGAUGGCCAGCGUCACCUGCGGGGUGCACACCCUGGUCCUGGGGGUCACCAUCGCCCAGCAGCAGCAGGAGAACAUCCAGGGAGCCGCGCUGGGAAGACAGCUCCUGGCCAACGUGGUCAUCUACAUGUGUGCCAUCACCGUGGGCAUCAUGUCCUACUACAUGGCCGACAGGAAGCACCGCAAGGCCUUCCUGGAGGCCAGACAGUCCCUGGAGGUCAAGCUCAACCUGGAGGAGCAGAGCCAGCAACAGGAACGCCUGCUGCUGUCCAUCCUUCCCAAACACAUCGCAGAUGAGAUGCUGCAGGACAUGAAGAAGGAGCCCAGCCAGAAGGAGAUGCAGCAGUUUAACACCAUGUACAUGUACAGACAUGAAAAUGUCAGUAUUUUGUUUGCAGACAUCGUGGGCUUCACCCAGCUGUCCUCGUCAUGCAGCGCUCAGGAGCUGGUCAAACUCCUCAAUGAACUCUUUGCUCGAUUUGACAAACUGGCUGCAAAAUAUCACCAGCUGAGGAUCAAGAUCCUGGGAGACUGUUACUAUUGCAUCUGUGGCCUGCCAGACUACAGGGAGGACCAUGCCGCCUGCUCCAUCAUGAUGGGCCUGGCCAUGGUGGAGGCCAUCUCGUACGUGCGGGAGAAGACCCAGACGGACGUGGACAUGCGGGUGGGCGUGCACAGUGGCACGGUCCUGGGAGGAGUCCUGGGCCAGAAGCGCUGGCAGUACGACGUGUGGUCCACUGACGUCACCGUCGCCAACAAGAUGGAGGCCGGCGGCAUACCGGGGCGCGUGCACAUCUCCCAGAGCACCAAGGAGUGUCUUCUUCACGGGCAGUUUGAGGUGGAGCCAGGUCAUGGAGGUCAGCGCUGUGACUACCUGAGGGAGAGAGGCAUCCACACCUACCUGGUGGUGGUCUCCAACAAUGGCAUCAGCAGUGUGAAGCUGUCUGUGUGCUCGUCCAAUGGGAACUCUCCCCUGCGGGCCACCAGCGGCAGGUGCAACACAGCCUGCAGCACCGCAGAGGAACCAGAGGACGUGGACACCAGGGUGGUGAACCCGUCCUUCCCAAACCCUCGGAGAAGACUGCGGCUGCGAGACCUGGCGGAGAGAGUGAUGGACGCCCAGGAGAACGAACAGGAGCUCAGCAAACUGCUGAACGAGGCUCUGCUGGAGAGAGAGACGGUGCAAGCGCUGAAAGGGAAGCACACCAACCGUCUCUCCCUGAGGUUUGUUGACCCAGACCUGGAGAGCCGCUACUCUGUGGAGAAGGAGAAACAGAGCGGGGCUGCCUUCUGCUGCUCUUGUCUAGUACUGCUCUUCACUGCGGCUAUGGAGGCCCUCAUAGACCCCAGUUUGGUGGCCAACUACAUCACCUUCGCCGUGGGAGAAGUGCUGCUCCUCAUCCUCACCCUCUGCUCACUGGCCGCCAUCUUUCCCAGGGUGUUCCCCAACAAGCUGGUGGCCUUCUCCACCUGGAUGGACCACACCCGCUGGGCUCGCAACAGCUGGGCCAUGGCGGCCAUCUUCGUCCUCACCGUCAGCGACAUCGUGGACAUGCUGAGCUGUCCGCCUCCGGGACCCAAGUGGGCCAAAUCCUCCACCCGGCCCCGCCCCCAAGGUUGUCUGGACAACCCCAAGUACUACAGCUACGUGGCGGUGCUGGCGCUGAUGGCCACCACCAUGCUGGUGCAAGUCAGUCACAUGGUCAAGCUCACCCUCAUGCUGCUCAUCACCCUGGCCACCGGCGUGGUCAACAUCUACAGCUGGAGGGACGUCUUCGACCGCUACGACAGGGCCCGCUUUCAGGACUACAGAUCUUUUCUGGUGCCCUCCAAGUUCACAAUGACAGUCAUGAUCUUCAUUAUGAUGCUCAGCUUGUAUUAUUUCUCGCGACACGUGGAGAAGCUGGCUCGCACAUUAUUUCUGUGGAAGCUGGAGGUCCACGAGCAAAAGGAGAAAGUCUACGAGAUGAGGCGCUGGAAUGAGGCCCUGGUGACCAACAUGCUUCCCGAGCAUGUCGCUCGUCACUUCCUGGGCUCCAAGAAAAGAGACGAGGAGUUGUACAGCCAGUCGUACGAUGAGAUCGGAGUCAUGUUUGCCUCCAUCCCAAACUUCUCCGACUUCUACACGGAGGAGAGCAUCAACAAUGGAGGCAUCGAAUGCCUUCGCUUCCUCAACGAGAUCAUUUCAGACUUUGACAGUCUGCUGGACGAUCCCCAGUUUCGCUGCAUCACAAAAAUCAAGACCAUAGGAAGCACCUACAUGGCAGCAUCAGGUGUGACUUCAGAUGUUAGCAACGGCUUCACCUGCAUGAAGUUUGGAUGCUCAUCAGAAGGAAGAACAGUCGGACAAAGAGCGCUGGCAGCACCUGGCAGACUUGGCCGAAUUUGCCUUAGCCAUGAAAGUCACACUCAUGAACAUCAACUAUCAGUCCUUCAACAACUUCAUGCUUCGAAUUGGUCUCAACAAAGGAGGGGUCUUAGCAGGAGUCAUCGGUGCCCGCAAACCCCACUACGACAUUUGGGGAAACACGGUGAAUGUGGCCAGUCGUAUGGAGUCCACCGGAGUGUUGGGCAACAUUCAGGUGGUGGAGGAGUCCUACAACAUCCUCAAAGAGUACGGCUUCCGCUUUGUGAGGAGGGGCCCCAUCUUUGUCAAGGGGAAGGGGGAGCUGCUCACUUACUUCCUGAAGGGAAGAGACAAACAAGGCUCCUUCAUGAACGCCUCUUCUGUCACGCUCCCACAUCAGGUGGUGGACAGUUAAAAGUUUUUUUCCAGGUGAGCCCGGCAGACGUGUCCAAGGUUUUGCCUUGAAACUGUGACACGUCAUCAUGGCCAAACACGGCCUGCGAAAGAAUCCCAAGGUCUGGUGUAGACGUUGAGCGCUCCUAAAUAGUCCUCUGUGUUACUGAAGACUGAAGACCAGACCUGAACACCACGAGACCGGUUGACAAUCUACUUUGCAUUCAGUGCCAACGUUUGAAGGAGUGAUCUGGACAUCCAGUUCUAGUUUGAAUUCUGGGUAGACUUGAAAAUGUUCAUAGUGUGUAAUUCUGUACCAGUAGUGCGGGUCCAUUGUACAAACCCCGUUUCCAUAUGAGUUGGGAAAUUGUGUUUGAUGUAAAUAUAAAAGGAAUACAAUAAUUUGCAAAUCCUUUUCAACCCAUAUUCAGUUGAAUGCACUUCAAAGACAACAUAUGUGAUGUUCAAACUGAUAAACAUUUUUUUGUGUGCAAAUAAUCAUUAACUUUAGAAUUUGAUGCCAGCAACACGUGACAAAGAAGUUGGGAAAGGUGGCUAUGAAUACUGAUAAAGUUGAGGAAUGCUCAUCAAACACUUAUUUGGAACAUCCCACAGGUGUGCAGGCUAAUUGGGAACAGGUGGGUGCCAUGAUUGGGUAGAAAAACAGCUUCCCCAAAAAAUGCCCAAACUUUCACAAGAAAGGAUGGGGCGAGGUACACCCCUUUGUCCACAACUGCGUGAGCAAAUAGUCAAACAGUUUAAGAACAACGUUUCUCAAAGUGCAAUUGCAAGAAAUUUAGGGAUUUCAACAUCUACGGUCCAUAAUAUCAUCAAAAGGUUCAGAGAAUCUGGAGAAAUCACUCCACGUAAGCGGCAUGGCCGGAAACCAACAUUGAAUGAAUGUGACCUUCCAUCCCUCAGACGGACGGCACUGCAUCAAAAAUCGACAUCAAUCUAAAGGAUAUCACCACAUGGGCUUAGAAACACUUCAGAAAACCACUGUCACUAAAUACAGUUUGUCGCUACAUCUGUAAGUGCAAGUUAAAGCUCUACUAUGCAAAGCGAAAGCCAUUUAUCAACAACAUCCAGAAACGCUGCCGGCUUUUCUGGGCCCGAAAUCAUCUAGGAUGGACUGAUGAAAAGUGGAAAAGUGUUCUUUGGUCUGACGAGUCCACAUUUCAAAUUGUUUUUGGAAAUAUUCGACAUCGUGUCAUCCGGACCAAAGGGGAAGCGAACCAUCCAGACUGUUAUCGACGCAAAGUUAAAAAGACAGCAUCCGUGAUGGUGUGAAGGUGCAUUAUGAAGGGACGGCGUGGCGCAGUGGGAGAGUGAUCGUGUGCAACCCGAGGGUCCCUGGUUCAAUCCCCACCUAGUACCAACUUCGUCACGUCCGUUGUGUCCUGAGCAAGACACUUCACCCUUGCUCCUGAUGGGUGCUGGUUAGCGCCUUGCACGGCAGCUCCCUCCAUCAGUGUGUGAAUGUGUGUGUGAAUGGGUAAAUGUGGAAGUAGUGUCAAAGCGCUUUGAGUACCUUGAAGGUAGAAAAGCGCUAUACAAGUACAACCCAUUUAUCAUUUAUUUAGUGCCCAAGGUAUGGGUAACUUACACAUCUGUGAAGGCACCAUUAAUGCUGAAAGGUACAUACAUGUUUUGGAUCAACAUAUGCCGCCAUCUAAGCGCCAUCUUUUUCAUGGACGCCCCUGCUUAUUUCAGCAAGACAAUGCCAAGCCACAUUCAACACGACUUACAACAGCGUGGCUUCGUAAAAAAAGAGUGCGGGUACUUUCCUGGCCCGCCUACAGUCCAGACCUGUCACCCAUGGAAAAUGUGUGGCGCAUUAUGAAGCGUAAAAUACGACAGCGGAGACCCCGGACUGGUGAACGACUGAAGCUCUACAUAAAACAAGAAUGGGAAAGAAUUCCACUUUCAAAGCUUCAACAAUUAGUUUCCUCAGUUCCCAAACGUUUAUUGAGUGUUGUUAGAAGAAAACAUGAUGUAACACAGUGGUGAACAUGCCCUUUCCCAACUACUUUGGGACGUGUCGCAGCCAUGAAAUUCUAAGUUAAUUAUUAUUUGCAAAAAAAAAAGUAAAGUUUAUGAGUUUGAACAUCAAAUAUCUUGUCUUUGUAGUGCAAUCAAUUGAAUAUGGGUUGAAAAUGAUUAGCGAAUCAUUGUAUUCCGUUUAUAUUUACAUUUAACACAAUUUCCCAACUCAUUUGGAAACGGGGUUUGUAGAACAGGUUUGGGGAGUUAGACUGUGACUUGAAUGUGCUAGGAGCCUUUAGCAUCCGCAUACCUUCCCUCCCAAACCAUUGGAACACUUCCUUUGUUUUUCACUUUUGGAGUCUUACUAUCGCUUUAUAGUAUCAGGAUCAGAUUUAUGGACUGGCUCGACCAAAUUACAAUCUGCACGAGUCUAAAACGGAAUUGGACCCGCGGGGUGCCUCUAACUUCAUUAAAAGUCUAACAGAAUAAUUGAUGCAACUUUGCCGCCAUCUUGUGGACAACAUCAGUAAUUCAGGUGAAUGGCCAUGAAGCAUUGAAGCCCAUCCAAACAAUCUUUCCCACUCAUGGCGCAAAUAGAGUAACACAAAAACGUCAACACACAUGCUGACAAAUAACACAACCUGCUCUUUUGUGGACAUUAUAAAACAGGUCCACACACAGCACAUCAGUCAGAAUGACAUUGUUCUACAAACCCUGUUUCCUUAUGACUUGGGAAAUUGUGUUAGAUGUAAAUAUAAACGGAAUACAAUGA